AUGCGUUAUAACCCUCACAUCUCGCUCAUCUGCAUUCCCGUCAACAUUUUCCACUGCAUCGUGCUCACUCGCAAGUCGAUGCGUGACUCCUCUAUCAAUCUAAUCAUUGCCGCCGUUGCCAUCGCCGAUGUGCUAGCCCUUUCAGAAGCGAUUGAGGCGAAACUGGACUCAUUUUUGAGCAAUCUUCGACCAUGUCUCAUGCCGAAUUCGUACAUUUACACGUUCACGAACAAUUCGAUCGAGGUGUUGUGCAACUUUUCACGAAGAUGUUCCACGUGGCUCAGCUUCUGUACGGCUCUCAUACGGACGUUAGUCGUUCGCAAUCCACUCGACCCGCGAUUCUGUGAGCUGUCCGAGCCGAAGUCGGCUUUCAAAGUCAUUGUGCUGGUGGUGUUGAUGAGCUCAGCGUUUGCACUUUUUGAUGCUUCCGGCUAUAAAAUCAUAGAGGAGGCGUUCGACGCGUACCUACCGUGUCUGAUUAAUGUGACUCAACUGACGUAUGAGCCAAGGCUGUCAGACUUGUUCACAAUGAACGACGAAUUGCUUUAUAAGAUUUACUCAGCGCUUGAUUCAAUUGUCUCCAAGGUGGGGCCGGUUCAAGCUUUAAUAUCCUGCACCCGCCUACACAUUUUCAGGGCAUUCCUUGUCUUCUGUUCCCAAUCAUCACGUUCCUCUUGAUCGUCGAGAUUCGUAAAGCGGAUACGAACAGAAGGAAAGUGUCUUGUUCGGCCAAGUCGGACAAGAGCUCCGGAAGGACCACAAAACUUGUUCUCGUGCUUACUAUCACUUUUUUUGCGGCUGAGUUCCCUCUCGGCGUUGUCACUGCUCUACAGGCGUUUUUUCAUGCAAUCACUGGAAUGAGGUACAGUCAAAACGCUAUAUCUCAUUUGCCAGUAGAGAUAUCAAAAAGUUGUCAAUCAACAAAUUGCUCACGAAGACAUUUUGUAUCGAAAAAUGAAAAAAGAGAAGGAACUGCGUUUUGAACGUCCUGAAAUUUGAGAAGAAUUCAAUAAUAACCAGAAAAAUUGGCUGAAAACUGAAAAAAUCAAUUGUUAAAAGUUAAGACGAUUGAUUUUCCAAUGCUUUUUUGUGUAUUUGUGUCGAAAAUCGUUCAACUCUCUUUUUCGAAUUCGCUUGGCACGGUGCCAUGACAAACUUUCCCAUCACAGUCCUUUGUCGGCAUUCUUAUCACUAAUUUCCGCCCGUAAUUAAGACCGUAGAGCUUCAAGCGGAAUUGCGGCAAAUUUUAAAGAAGCCGACUUAAUUACAGACGGAGACUAGUGAUAAGGACGCCGUGCCAAGAGGAUUCGGAAAAAGAGUGAUAAGGAAUUGAAGGAUUUGCGAUUUCGAAUGCAAACACUCAACACAUUCCGAUCGAUUUGACCCGAUUGGGCUAGUUGCAAGCCAGUAGAGAUAUCAAAAAGUUGUCAACCAACAAAUUGCUCACUAACACAUUUUAUCAGUUGACUGCUUUAUGAUCUCUCUACCUCACAGUUAACUCCUCAGGUGGAUAUUGAUCUACUUCUCUUACAUAUUCACAUUGUUACUCUCGCUCAACACCUCAACCCAUAUGAUCGUGUGUCUUCUGAUGUCUUCUCAGUACCGCUCGGCUGCCGAAUCGGUCAUUUUUUGUGGCUACACUUCGAAGCAAAAGGUUUUUAUAUAUGUGAAGCAAAAAUGAAAUGAGAGAAAAGAGUUUUCAGAUGAGCAGAACGAGUGUAAUCACAGUUUCUUCAGUUGUCAUAACACAAUGA